GCUUUUGGCUACGACGCGUUAUAACCGCGGCGUAUGGACUGGACCUUCCGUUAAAGGGCCAAUGCCCUGCGUUUUCACUGCAUCGUGUGAGCGCACAGCGGAGUUCGCGCCGGUUCCUCGCGGGUUUGUGGCGCGUGUUGGCGUUUUAGAAGAACGAUAUGACGGUGUAAUGGAUUCUGAUGGUUUAACCGGUGACCAAAGGCUGGCUCUAAUGGUUCCUAAUGGUAUUCCACAGGAAACUAGUGGUCUCUGGGAAGUCGGUCCCCGCUGAGAAGCAGAGCCGUAGGGUUUUAGUCCUGAUCCUGAUUUUCUGUCCGCCGAGUCCGACAGGCUGUUACUCUUCCUUCAAAGUCCACUACUGUUUAGAAUCUCCACAUAAUUAACCGGUUCAGAUGUAAACACAGCGGCUCGGAGUGAAACGCUCUGUUCUAGAUAAACUGACCGAGUCAGAGCCGCUCACAGUGGAGGUGAUGGGAACCAGACGUCCCCCUCUAAAAGCUCCUCACAGUGGUGCAUGGUUCUGCGAAGCUCCGCCCUCUCGCUGCUGCUCUGUGUGGGACUCCUCCGUUCAUGUCCAGGCAGCGCGUCCCCGCGCCGGACCGGGUGCACGGUGGAGCGGCGCAGGGCCGACUGCAGCCACCUGAAGCUGAGUGACGUCCCUCCAGACCUUCCUCGGAACAUCAGCUGCCUGGACAUGUCCCAUAACCGGCUGACCACCCUGGACCCCACGGCCCUGGGACGCUACCCGGAUUUGGAGCGCCUGGACGUGAGCUACAACUCCAUCACGGCGCUGGCACGGGGACUGUGUGACUCGCUGCCUCACCUGCGGCGCCUCAGCGUCCAGCGCAACGAGGUCCACCAGCUGACCCAAAGCGACCUGCAGAACUGCUCCGGCCUGACCCACCUCGACCUCUCGGACAACCGGCUGAAGCUCCGCGGCGAGCCUUUCUCGGUCCUGAAGAACCUGACGUGGUUGGACGUUUCCCGUAACAAGCUGACCUCCGCUAGCCUGGGCUCUCGGCCCCAGCUGCCCAGCCUGGUAACCCUCAUCCUCUCUGGGAACGACUUCACAACCCUGAAGAAGGACGACUUCUCUUUUCUCAGCAGCUCCUCGUCGUUUCGGGUGCUGGGGCUUUCCUCUCUGCCCCUGAAGAAGGUGGAAAGUGGCCUCUUCAAGCCCAUCGCUGGACUCCGAGACCUGGUGUUGGACGGCUGCAACCUCAGCCCUCAGUUCCUUAAUAAACUGUGCGUUGAACUGUCACACAUGCCUUUGAGGAACCUCUCCCUCCGCAACACUCAGCAAGCUAUGCUCAUGAUAAACACCUUCCAAGGCUUGAUCACGACUAACCUGACCACACUGGACCUCUCCAACAACAAAAUAGCUGGAAUUGCUGAAGGCUCCUUUCAGUGGCUUCCCCUGCUGGAAUCCCUUUCUUUAGAGAACAACAAUAUAAAGAGUCUGACCAACGGAACCUUCUUAGGUCUGAAAAGUCUGAUCAAACUUAACUUACAAAAGGCGCUCAUUAAAACCAAGACGUCUCACUACCCGACAAUAGAUGACUUCUCUUUUCAGCCGCUGGUCAAACUGGAAUAUCUGUUCAUGAAGGAAGCUUGCUUUAGCAAGAUCAGUGAGAAUAUGUUUUAUGGACUUAAAUCUCUGAGAAAGUUGGACCUGAGCUGGAGCAAAACAGGUUUGAAGACAGUUGACAACACCACCUUUGCAUCCUUGCGUGGAUCUCCGUUCUUGCAGACACUCAAUCUUACAGGAACGGGCAUAACAAAGCUAGAACCUGGAGCUUUCUCACGUCUUGGAAGCCUCACCACUCUUGUGCUUAGGUACAACUUCAUCUCGCAGGAACUAACAGGGGAGGAGUUCCAGGGCCUCAACAGUGUGGAGGAAAUUUAUUUGUCUACCAACCAGCAGAAGAUCAGCUUAACCCCAGCAUCUUUCAUCCAUGUGCCCACGUUGAGGAUACUAACAUUAAAUCGUGCCCUGACUGGAACUCUAUACAUGGAACCAUCUCCAUUCAGACCAUUGACCAACCUCACAGUGCUGGAUCUCAGCAAUAAUAACAUUGCAAACAUCAACAGAGGCUUGCUUGAAGGACUGCACAAUCUCAAGGUGUUGAGAAUGCAGCACAACAACCUGGCUAGAGUGUGGAAGAACGCUUACCCUGGGGGUCCGGUGCUGUUCCUCAGGGACACUCAGAAUCUCUCAAUUCUAGAGCUGGAUUAUAACGGUCUGGAUGAGAUUCCGCUCAGAGCCUUGCAAGGCCUUUUCCAGCUAAAGGAGCUCAGUCUUAGCGGGAAUCUUCUGAACUUCCUGCAGAGCUCUAUAUUUGAUGACUUGCAGUCCCUGCGUUACCUACGGAUGCAGAAGAACCUUCUGACGUCAGUGCCCAUGGAGACGUUCGGCGUGCCACUGUCCAACCUGACUGAGCUUCGCAUGGAGCACAACCCCUUUGACUGCACCUGUGACAGCAUCCAGUGGUUCUCCGAGUGGCUUAAUACCACCAACACCAGCAUCCCUGGACGUGCACAAGGCUAUAUCUGCAACACUCCACCGGCAUACUUCAACCGCUCCGUGAUAUACUUUGAGACAGACUCCUGCAAGAACCUUACUCUCUUCCAGGCCCUGUAUGUGCUCAGCAGCACUCUGGUACUUGGUCUGAUGGUUAUCGCCUUCCUAGUACACUUUCAGGGCUGGAGGAUUCAGUUCUACUGGAACAUCCUAAUUAAUCGCACCCUAGGUAUGAAGGGCUCUAGAUAUGAAAGGUUAGCGGAAGACAGAUAUGAGCAUGAUGCCUAUGUUAUCCAUGCUCCUGACGACAGAGCUUGGGUGGAACGAAGCUUGCUUCCCUUAGAGGACAAAAAUCUUACAUUUUUCUUGGAAGAUCGCAAUGCAGUGCCAGGCUAUUCCAUGGUGGAGACCAUUGUUGACAACAUAAGGAGGUCAAGGAAGAUCAUAUUUGUUGUUACAGAGGCACUUUUGGAGGAUCCCUGGUGCAGACAGUUUAAAGCCCACCACGCACUGCACCAGCUGAUGGAAGACAGCCGAGACUCAGUGGUCCUAAUUUUCCUUCAGGACGUCACUGACUAUCGCUUGAGCCAGUCGCUCCUGAUACGGCGAAGCAUGCUGAAAUCACGCUGCAUCGUCCACUGGCCUUUGCAGAAGGAACGCAUUGUCGCAUUCCACCAGAAACUGAUGAUAGCCUUGAACUCCAGCAACAGGGUCAGUUAAAGCCUGUUAGCGGAACAUACAGCUGCAGAAAUGCUGACGUGAUAGACAUCAGUAGCAAAAUGCUGAGCAGCUGUUCUUCCAAUGUCUCUUUAGUCACUAAAAUCCCUCCUUGGCAGUUGCCUGGUGUUUUGAGUUACCUACCAACGAGGGAAUCCCUGUUAAAUCAGUGAGUUGUCACUUGUAUUGACAGUUCUUUUUGCAGUGAUAAAGACGGGGGGGUCUGUUCCAAGGUCUGUUCAUAUUAAUUUUUACAUUUUCUUUAUAAAAGUAGGUGUUAGGGUGGUAGGUAAAGGAAUUCUGAAGGUUCUGCACUACUUGGUGCUCAGAGGAUGACGUGGUUUUGGUGAACGUUACCCGAUAUGAGCUCCAGUAUAGAGAACUGAGCACUUAUUUCAUUUCCAGUCAAAAUGGCCACUAAGUUCAAGUUAUUCACUGUUCAGUGUCAGUAGAAAAGCAGAAAACAUUUAACACACAUUUUUAGCACCUCAACAACUAAACCCUAACAUCACGUUUCUUCAGCAUGUAAUCUGUUCAUUAUUUGCCUUCAUUACAGCUUCCAUUCUCCAACGUUCAGUCUUCACGUUAGGUGGUAUCUCCAGCUUGCCUUGUUUGAUUUGCACCUUGUUUUUUUCUCAGUUAAAGCAGUUUAUUGCUUUGUAGCGCCCUCAUGUGGCUGGAUAAGCUGGGUGAAGUGUAUGGCAGGAUUUAUUCAACCACUUGUGCCCUCUGGUGAUCAUGGACAGGGAGCCAGGGGUCUGUAGUGGGCCUGUGAUGGCACUGUCACAUAAAUAAACCUGUCAAUACAAGCUAUGAAAAAAGUCUUCAAUUGUCCAUGAUGGAGAGAUUGGUGGAAAAGAUGUGUAGCAGGAGCCAUUCCGCCUGAGUUCUGGUGUAAAACAAGCUUAUAGUUGCCUGAUAUUUUGAUAUUAUAUGCAAAUGUGUGGCACCCAAUCAUCGCCGUGUUGAAACGUUUCCAAAGUUGACGUGUUUAAGCCUUUUAACAUGAUUUUCUUGCGGUCCUCCAUGAUUUCUAGUGUUGAAUAGGUGGACUUUGAUCACUUCUCAGUUUUGUGUGUUUUCCAUAGGGGUGUCCAUCUGACUGUUUCACUGGAACAGUGGCCAUAGGAGGGCUUAAAAUAUGCAUCAUCAUAAUGCAAACGGCCAGCGAAUCACUGCUAGUUCACUGACGGCUUCCAGGUGAUCAUUUAGACUGUAAUCAAGUUUAGUAAAUUAGCUGUUCCAGCCCAACUGAACUGUAUACGUACGGGUAACUAUGGAAACCUGAUCCUUUCUGUCUUUACUUGCCACCCUGGAACAGUUCUCCGUUUUACUGGAAGCAGUUCUGCAGUUCUGGACUAAAGCACGAUUAGCUUGCGCUAUAGAUGAUCUACUUUUCCCACAUAAUGUUUGCACUAAUUUUAAACCCAGACAUGAUGUUAAUACUGUGUGUAAAUAAUAUUUGCUGAUAUUUUCGAAGCCUUAAACCUGACAUUGUCAUUUCCAUUGCUCAGGCUUUGUUAGUUGCACUAUACUGCCAUCUAGUGGUGUUUUGUGUAUGUUUUUUUUUUUUUAAUAAAAUGCAAAAAAGCC